AUGGGGUGCGUGGUCCUGCACGUCAAAGUUGGCCGAGGGUCUGUGGUGGUGGUUUUGUUACGGUGGAAACGCGGUGGCUGGGCCUGCACGUACCCUUGUUUCUUUGGUGGUUGGGAGGAGCUGGGGGGAAACAGCCGCAAAAUCCCACCAGGCAAGAUACUAUGGAUACGAGGCUUGGUGUUCUCUCGAGCCAAAAGCCUGCCAAAUCAACAGGACGUCAUUCUGACCAGGCAACGGUGCACAGGCCACCCAUUCACGUACGGUGCACAAGCCCAUUCUUUCGACGGAGCUGGAGCUCUUGUCAAGUCGGGAGUCGACAUGUGGCAGAUGUGGGAUCAUGUCCCCUCCCUCCCAUCAGGCAAAAAUGGCAUGCGAACUGAGAGGUGUUAG